AUGGCGUCAACACUCGAUACGUUCAUGUCCUACCUAAAACUGCCGCUCAUUGCCUCGUCUGGAGUCGCAGCUCUACUCAGUGGCCUCCUAUAUUUCAAGCAAAAUGAAAUCAUAUACCCACGAGGCUUUCCCCCUGACGCUCGUACAAAUGUCCCUCGGCCAUCGCAAUUCGGCAUCACCGACUUUGAAGAGCUCUUCAUUCCUACACCUGACGGAGAAUCACUCAGUGCCUUCUUUAUCAGGGCGAACAAGCAACAUGCGCGCAACGUGACGGUGCUCAUGUUUCACGGAAAUGCUGGGAAUAUUGGCUAUCGGUUGCCAAUUGCAAAGAUAUUGGUCAACGAGCUACGGUGCAAUGUCCUCAUGCUGCAAUACCGAGGCUAUGGCUUAUCAUCAGGCAAUCCGAACGAGAAGGGGCUCAUGAUCGAUGCGCAGACUGGCUUGGAAUACAUUCGUCAACGGCACGAGCUUCGCGGCACGAAGAUUGUCGUGUAUGGACAAAGCAUUGGAGGCGCGGUUGCAAUUGGAUUGGUGGCUAGAAACCAGAAGCAGGACGACAUUGCUGCGCUCGUGCUCGAGAAUACGUUCACCUCGAUCAGAAAACUCAUCCCAACGGCGUUUCCUCCUGCUCGAUUUUUGGCUCCGCUCUGUCAUCAGGUCUGGCCAAGUGAGGAGACGUUGCCCCAGAUCACGAUACCCAUACUGUUUCUGAGUGGACUGAAGGACGAAAUAAUUCCACCCUCACACAUGGUCAAGUUGUUCCAAGUGUGCAGGUCCCCCGAUAAAGUGUGGAAGGAACUACCUAAUGGAAGUCACAACGACUCGGUCGCAGAGCCCCGCUACUUUCAGUACAUUGAGGAGUUUUUGAGCGAGUUUGUGGCGCGUUGA